AUGGCUUCCGCUGCUCGAUCCGCUUCCCGCGCUUUCCUGCGCUCUUCCCCGGCCUCCUCGUUCCGGCCGGCGGCGCGCUCUGCCCGCUUUGUCCCCGCGCAGGGCUUCCGCACCACUGCUCGCCGUGGAUACUCCUCUGAGACUGGCGGCAAGUCCUCCUCCUCUUCUGCUGGCAUCUGGGCUCUGGCCCUGGGUGUCGCCGGUGGUGCUGGUGCCUACUUCUACCUGAACGGCGAGAAGAAGCCCUUCGUCCCUGGUCAGGCCGACUACCAGAAGGUGUACGACGAGAUUGCCCGCAAGCUGGCCGAUGAGACCGACUAUGAUGACGGCAGCUAUGGUCCUGUCCUCGUCCGUCUCGCCUGGCACGCCAGCGGCACCUAUGACAAGGAGACCAACACCGGUGGCAGCAACGGCGCCACCAUGCGCUUCGCCCCGGAGUCCGGCCACGGUGCCAACGCCGGCCUGAAGACCGCCCGUGACUUCCUUGAGCCUAUCAAGGCCCAGUUCCCCUGGAUCACCUACUCUGACCUGUGGACUCUUGCCGGCUCUGCCGCCAUCCAGGAACUGGGUGGACCCGUCGUCCCCUGGAGACCCGGUCGUGAGGACAAGGAGCUUGUCGCCUGUACUCCCGAUGGCCGUCUUCCCGACGCGAGCCAGGGCCACCGCCACAUCCGCGACAUUUUCGGCCGCAUGGGAUUUGAUGAUCGUGAGAUGGUUGCCCUGUCUGGUGCUCACGCCCUGGGCCGCGCUCACACCGAUCGCUCCGGUUACGAUGGUCCCUGGGACUUCAGCCCUACCGUCUUCAGCAAUGAAUUCUUCCGUCUGCUUGUUGAAGAGAAGUGGAACCAGCGCAAGUGGAAUGGUCCUGCUCAGUUCACUGACAAGACUACCUCCACUCUGAUGAUGUUGCCCACUGACAUUGCUCUGAUCAAGGAUAAGGGAUUCAAGUCGCACGUCGAGCGCUAUGCUAAGGACAGCGAUGUCUUCUUCAAGGAGUUCUCUGAUGUGUACGUCAAGCUUCUGGAGCUAGGCGUUCCCUUCCAGAGCAAGCCCGAGGACCGCUUUGUCUUCAAGGCCUCUGAGUAA